GUACCGCGUGUCUCGAUUUUUACGGAGCAACCUACCGUUCUCGACAAAUUUGUCUCGUUUAAUCUUACGUUGAAUGAACGGUAGCUUGUAUUUCUGGGAUUUAAGGGUAGAUUGUGUUUCAUAUAUUUAAAAAGAACUUUGAAUAAAUCCCUCAACCUUUUUUGUUUAUCCAUGUUUUAUUGUGUUAAAAAUAUCAACAAGAUUUAAGUCGUGUGUAAAGUGCAUUGAAAGUGUUUUAAUUAUAAAAGAAAUAAUUAUUAUUUUUAUGUUUUUUAAUUUAGUUCGUCAAUGACCGUGUCGCAACGAUACACCUGUGAUUAUUAAUUAAUUAAUUUAUUUUGAUAUUUUAACUAAUGAAAGGAGGUUCAUCUAACGAGUGGAUAAAAAUAACUACUGGUGCAGUCAACGAGGGAUAAGAUGGUUUCUUAGGGAGACCGAAUGGAAUUUUAAUGUUGUGGAAGAGAUAGAAUUCUUCUUUGAUCGUACGGUGUUGUUAUCGCUGUUAAGUAUUGGAAAGAGUCUCAUUAUCAAGGAAGGAAACACUUUGCUCGAGGAAACAAAAACUCUCGAAAGAGGUAAAACAAGAAGGGAAAGGAAAAAGAAGAGGUGGAGGUGGAGGUUGAUGUAUAAUGGUAGAAAGAUAUGUAAUUGUGAAUAACCUUGACGACAAUUAACAAUAAAACGAUAAGGAUGGAAACGAGAGAGAAAAGUGAGAAUUCGAGGGGGAGAAUGAAGAUCGAUUUUUAAGAAGAACAAAGGAAAAUAAUGCACAAACACACUAAUCAACUUCGCGGUCCUGUUGGGACCGGUAGUAACUCUACUACUACUACUACUACUAACAACAACAACAACAACAACAAUAGGGGUCCUGUGAGAAGAUGGAACAGUUUUCAUGGUGGUGGUGGUAUGGGGGGUGGUGGUGGUGGCGGUGGCGUAAGUCACUUGAGUGACACCGUUGGAAAUGGCGCCGUCGUCGCGGGAACUUUUGCGAGGACACCUCAGGAACCUUUCAGGGCCGUACCGAAGGCCGUUCAAGCCCUGAGAAGUGAAUCGGUCGACAGGAGCCAUCGUGCUCCCCCACCACCGCCGCCGACCUUUCCGAGAAGACGAUUUUCCGUUUGCUUUGGAAAGCGAACGGGCAGCAGUGCCAGGAGACCCAACGAAUGUUUCGUCUUGGAACCCUCCGAGAUGAUUGUCAUCGAUUAUCCAGAAGUCCAUGGAGGAGGAAGGAUGCAUCGGCCACCUCAUCCGCAUCCCAUAACAGACCAUCGUCAGGUCAAUCUGGUCUUCGACGAUACGUUUUCGCAAGGCCUGACAGGUAGACCGGAGCUGUAUCAAAAGUCUAAUCGGAGUAGUCAUUCAAGUGAUACAAGUUCUGCGUAUAGUGGCUCAGACACAAUGACUUCUGUACAAAGUUCUUUGGAUGCGGAUGCAGAUGAGGUUGAUCUUUCUGGUCUUGUCGAGUCCAUAGUGGACAGUGAUGAGGAGGAAGAUCUUGCUGAAAGUAUGGAUAGUUUGAAUGUUCGUGAUGCUGUACGAGAGUGCCUGGAAAAAGAUCCUGUGGAAAGAUCAGAAGAAGAUAUAGAAACACUUUUAGAAUUUACACAACAAUUAAAGGCCUUCACCAAUAUGACAUUGGCUGUAAGAAGAGCGCUGUGCGCCGUAAUGGUAUUUGCAGUAGUUGAACGGGCUGGAAUGGUUGUUUUAAAUGAUGGAGAAGAAUUGGAUAGCUGGAGUGUACUUAUCAAUGGUACGGUUGAAAUCGAGCACAGUAAUGGGGAGGUCGAACUGCUUCAUCUUGGAGAUAGUUUUGGUAUUUUGCCUACCAUGGACCGACUUCUGCAUCAAGGUGUUAUGAGGACAAAAUGCGACGACUGCCAAUUUGUGUGCGUCACACAAGCAGAUUAUUUUAGAAUUCAACAUCAAGGUGAAGAAAAUACGAGAAGACACGAAGAGAAUGGUAGGGUGACUUUAGUUACGGAAUUAAGAGGCGCCUUGGAUGGGGGAGUGCGAAGGGGUCAUGUUGUGAUUAGAGCAACGCCAGAGCGCUUAAUGCUACAACUUAUCGAAGAAAACAGUAUUACAGAUCCCACUUAUGUGGAAGAUUUUUUAUUAACUCAUCGAACUUUUAUCAAUAGCCCUUUAUUAGUUGCAAAUCAAUUAUUAGAGUGGUUUAACCAAGCUCAGGUCAGAGAACGUGUUGCACGUGUUGUAUUACUUUGGGUAAAUAAUCAUUUUACGGAUUUUGAAACGGAUCCAGCUAUGAUGGAAUUUUUAGAAGAUUUUGAAACUGGGUUAGAAAGAGAAAAAAUGCAGGGUCAACAGAGGUUAUUAAACAUAGCCUGUGCGGCAAAAGCAAGAACGCGAAACGUAACGUUAGCAAGGCCUAGCAGAGACGAAAUUCUCCAUUUUAGCAUUUUAGGCGGUUACGAAAGAGGUUUUGGAAUUUUUAUUUCAAAAGUUGAUAAGAGAUCGAAGGCUGAGGAUGUUGGUUUGAAACGUGGCGAUCAAAUUUUGGAAGUCAACGGACAAAGCUUCGAACAUGUUAAUCAUGCCAAAGCAUUGGAAAUUUUAAGAGGUUCCACUCAUCUCAGUAUCACCGUCAAAUCUAAUCUUCUUGCUUUUAAAGAAAUGUUACAAAUGCCCGACAAUUCUCCAAGGCCAAGAGGAAGGGCAAAUAAACCAGAAAUUCCACGACUUCAAUCUGAUCCACGUGCAAGACUCUCCACUCACGUUGAUCCUAUAACUCCAGUAAAUCCUUUAAAUCCUUUAGUAGGAGGCAUGCAUCUCUUGAUUCCGGAUAGUAAUGUUUCUCCUUGCAAAGAUGCUAAAAAGGAACAUAAAGGAUUUAUGACUCUUGGACCUAAGAGGAGGUUACAAAAAGCACUUAUGAAAAUGAACAUACUGCCAAAGAAUACAAUCAACGAUGGUGUGCACUUAGAUGAUCCUCUCGCUCCACCACACACACCGCCAGGAACGUGCGGCUCACAAACCACAACUAAUCUUUAUCACUCGAAAAGUAAUCCCGAUCUUACAUCAUUGUACUGUUACGACGAUCUUAGAGCACCGGAUUAUCCGGAACACGUAUUAAAGGUUUACAAGGCUGAUCAAACUUGUAAAUAUCUUCUCAUUCAUAAAGAGACAACGGCGCACGAGGUGGUGAUGCUCGCAUUACAAGAGUUUGGUAUAACCGAAAGUAGUUCGAAUUUCUCCUUAGCGGAAGUGAGUGUUGGCGAGGGUGGCAUGAUAAAGCAGCGUAGAUUACCAGAACAAUUGCAAAAUUUAGCCGAAAGAAUUGGUUUAAGUUCGCGUUAUUAUUUAAAGACUAAUGGUAUAUCCGAAACUUUGGUAGCAGAUGAACAAGCGCCGGAACUUAUCCGUGAAUCUCAAGUACAUUUUCUACAAUUAAAUGCCGUGGAGGUAGCUAUCCAAUUAACUCUACAGGAUUUUAGUAUAUUUAGACAAAUUGAAUCUACAGAAUAUGUGGACGACUUAUUUGAAUUAAAGAGCAGGUACGGAAUACCAAUGCUCAGUCAAUUCGCGGAGCUAGUCAAUAGAGAAAUGUUUUGGGUCGUUACGGAAGUGUGUUCCGAGCAUAAUCUUGUACGCCGUAGCAAGAUUAUCAAACAAUUUAUAAAAAUAGCUCGUCAAUGCAAAGAAUGUAAAAAUUUUAAUUCAAUGUUCGCAAUCGUAUCUGGUCUUGGUCAUGGCGCGGUGUCAAGGUUGAGAGCAUCUUGGGAAAAACUGCCAAGUAAAUAUCAGAGAUUAUUUAGUGAUUUACAGGAGUUAAUGGAUCCUAGUCGUAACAUGAGUAAAUAUCGUCAACUAGUAGCAUCCGAACAAACGCAACCACCAAUCAUACCCUUCUAUCCCGUAGUCAAAAAAGAUUUGACUUUUAUUCAUCUGGGUAACGAUUCUAGAGUAGAAAGUUUAGUGAAUUUCGAGAAGCUUAGAAUGAUCGCAAAGGAGGUUCGAACUUUGACGAAUAUGUGUUCGUCUCCGUACGAUCUGUUAACUAUGUUGGAAAGAGGUGGCCAGCCACCGAGUUCCGCGAUGGUAGCUUUGAAUCAAAUGACAACGGGUAAUCAAGGUGGUCAAACAGCAACGGUCAAACGACGUAAGAAAUCAGCGGCAGCACCGAAUCCGAAAAAAAUGUUCGAAGAAGCACAAAUGGUUAGAAGAGUAAAGGCGUAUCUUGCGAACAUGAAAGUAAUUACUGAUGAGGAACGAUUGCACGGUCUUUCCGUCGAUUGUGAACCUCAUGCUGGUGCUGUAGCAAUGGCUGCGGCGGUACCACUCACUGGAAGCCGGGGGAGAAGGCAUCCUUCUCCUACGCUUUCAACAACGAGUAGUGCCAGCAGCACAAGCGAGGGAAGAAAGAGUAUACAAGGUACAAAGUUCGGAGCUGCCUCACCCCAGGCAGUAAGGAAAAUGUUGGCUCUUUCAGAUCCUCACAAAACUCGACCGUAUCAACCUAAACAUUGUCCACCACCCCUUCCAGUACCUGGAUUAGCAUUGCAUUCUAGCGGACUGGAGCCAAGUCCUGGUGCACCAAGAAGAGUCGGUUCCGGUAGUAGAGUUCCGAUGCACGAAAGAUCGCACAGCGAUACUCCCUCAAGUUUACCACCCCCCGUCGAUCUUAGUGCCGAAAGUAGCAGUGUCACAAGUCUGAGUAAUCUUCAACCAUUACGGAAAACGUUAACGAGCGGAGAAGGAAAGAUUAUUUGAGAUGAUGAGAGGCACGCGCUUUUAUCUACGUCAACACACUUAUUUAAAACGAGAAUGACGACUUUGAGAUCUCAUCGAUGAGUAUAUUUAUAAUAUCUCAUUAUAUUUUCUACGUUACGUAGCAUUUGUCAUUGAUUAAUUAGUUAUUAAUCAAGUUUAAACUGUCUCGAAUUACUUUUACUAAUAUUUAGAAAAGUAGUAGUUUUGUCUUUAGUUUGCCGAGUACAAAUAAUCGAAAGAUCCUCUCGAUCAGAGCUUGUCUCUGACCUCUUCUUAUUAUACUUCUUAUUUCUUAUUUCUUAGAGCUUAGAUUAGUACAAUAAUAUAAUAGCUUUUAGCAAAUCGCGCGGUGGGCCUUCCCCCUGUCCCUUUUUCCCCUCUCCGAGAAAAUUUAAUUCGAUAAGAUAAAAGAGAGAAAUAAAAAUAAAAUAAAAAAGCAAAAAAUCAAAUCUAUGAAAAGAAAAGAAAAAUCAAAUAAAAAUAAACUAAAAUAAGAAAAAGAAAAAUGAGCGUGUUCAGCGGCCGCAGCGGGACGAGACUUGGAUUUUUCGAACGUGUUAAGUGAUGGAAGUGUCUUGGGGACGUGUGCGUAGGUUCAGUGACGAGCAGUGAUAGCGGUCACAGUACUCAACUGGACAGCCAUAGUGGAAGCAGCGUAGAAGCAGGUGGCAGUCCACCGCCACC